AUGAUCUUUGGGACGAUCCAAAGGCUGACAGCCAUUGACGAUUUCGACCUCCCCGGGCGCGAGAACAACUUCACACUCAACUUGUCCCGUCCGGUGGAGUGGAUCCUCACCUGCCCUAUCAUGCAGCUGAAGCUGGUGGUGUUGGCAGGCUCGCGUGUGCCGAGCUACCGGCGCUUCAUGAUGCCUCUGAUGUCCGUCGCCGUCCUGCUUUGCGGUACCGCCUCCAUGUUCACAGGCGAGGGGAACAGCGAAGGGGAGGAGUCCUUGUUCUCUGGAGACUCAGACUUCCGAAAGCUGUCCAUCGUCCUGAUCGUCACUUGGUUCCCCUUCCCACUUUGGUUCAGCUUGAGUGUGGAGGGUUUCGGUCUCGUCACGGACGGGUUCAUCAUCGAGAUGGGCUGGGUCGUCCUGAACAUUGUCUCCAAGUUCUUGUUCAUCAUCUGGCUGCAGCGCUGUAAGAUGGUGCACCAGCGCAAACUUGAGGCUGCCCGAGAGUUGUACGGCCUGUCUCCGUCCGAUGAAAUCAACGAGGAAGCCCUGAAGAAGCAGGCGCUUACCAACGGCAAUACCACGGCCAUGGGCGGCAUCAACGCGGAAAACUAUGGCCUGGGCCAGGGUGAGGAGGCUGACAGCGAACUGAAAAUGGUCGAGAUCGUCGCUGAGACCAUGGUGACCCUGGGCAUGAGCAGCCACACGGAUCGUCUGCUGAGGUUGAUGGUUGAGAACGGCGUCACCAACACGGCGGUGCUGGAGAGGCUGAACGCCGAGCGUUGCAUGGAGCUAAACCUGCCACAUGCCCUCAUUGAUGGUUGCCAGCGCCGCUGGAUCGCCGAGAAGAUGAACAUGGGCCAGGACAAUGGUGGCUCCACCGGGGAGAAGGAGGAUCCCUUCAAGAAGCUUCUGGAAGCAAACAAGGAGCCCGGUUGA